AUGAAAAAAACAAAACAAAAACACGCUUAGCAAUUAGCUCGUGAUGAACCGGACUCACAAAGCUCAACAACCAGCCCUAGAACUGCAAUGUAUUGCACUCAAACUGGACGGUGAAUCAAUCUACACCAUCGAGGGAACAAAUGCCCGCUAGUUCACCAUGAAUCUGAGAGGGUUUUUCCAGGAUUUCAACCCCAGUAAAUUUCUGAUCUACUCUUGCCUGCUGCUGUUCUCUGUGUUGCUGUCCCUGAGGCUGGAUGGGGUUAUCCAGUGGAGCUGCUGGGCUGUAUUUACUCCCAUAUGGCUGUGGAAGCUGUUGGUUAUCAUUGGGGCUUCUGUGGGCACUGGAGUGUGGGCCCACAACCCUCAAUACAGGGCUGAAGGGGAGACAUGUGUGGAGUUCAAGGCCAUGCUCAUCGCCGUCGGGCUCCAUGUCCUGUUGCUGAUGUUUGAGGUGUUGGUGUGUGACCGGGUGGAGAGAGGAACCUACUUCUGGCUACUCGUCUUCAUGCCGCUCUUCUUUGUAUCCCCUGUUUCUGUAGCAGCCUGUGUCUGGGGUUUCAGGCACGAUCGCUCCCUCGAGCUGGAGGUGCUAUGUUCAGUCAAUAUUCUGCAGUUCAUCUUCAUCGCUCUGAAGCUGGACAAGAUCAUCAACUGGCCUUGGCUGGUGGUGUGUGUCCCACUGUGGAUCCUCAUGUCCUUCCUGUGCCUUGUUGUCCUCUACUACAUCAUCUGGUCAGUCCUCUUCCUUCGCUCCAUAGACAUCAUCGCUGAGCAGCGGCGAACUCACAUCACCAUGGCAAUCAGCUGGAUGACCAUAGUUGUACCACUUCUCACUUUUGAGAUUCUUCUGGUGCACAAGCUGGACGGCCACAACAGUCUCAGCUAUGUGUGUGUGUUCAUCCCUCUGUGGCUUUCGCUGCUCACACUCAUGGCCACCACCUUUGGCCAGAAAGGAGGGAACCACUGGUGGUUUGGCAUCCGUAAGGACUUCUGCCACUUCUUGUUGGAGCUGCUCCCUUUCCUGAGAGAGUACGGCAACGUGUCGUACGACCUCCAACGCAGCGAGGACCCCGAGGCGGCAGAGGAUCUGCCGGUACCCGAGCCCCCACCAAAAAUCGCCCCCAUGUUCCACAAGAAGACUGGAGUGGUGAUCACACAGAGCCCUGGGAAAUACUUUGUGCCGCCGCCUAAACUCUGCAUCGACAUGCCCGACUAAUGUUGCAUCAGAGCUGCUGGCUCCAGCUGCUGCACUGACAAGUCAAACUAUUAAAAUCCAAACAGCAGGAGAUACUGUGUUUAGUUUGUACCUGCUGCCCUGAAGGAUUCAGUCUGCUAACCUAAACUGUACGUCAGCAUGCCCUGUGAGCGCAAACACUUCAGAACCAGUGCAGAGGUGGAUCCAUGUUCCUCACAUUGGUUUCUCCAGCUAUUUGAAAACUCUUCCAAAUCUGUCAAUGAGGAAAUUGUCUUAUGUUGAAAAGACAGAUUUGCUUUUCACCAGUUGGUGAAGUCUCACUGUGUCGCUUGUGUUGCUCCCAGUUAUAUCUACUCCGAAGACGACCGUUUUACCAGAGAUAUAUCUGAUGUCGUUUUCGAACUGCAAAUUUAGGUUGGUAUGAUGUUGAGAUGCACAGCAGAGCUGGAUCUGCAUGGAUUAGAUUCUGUAAUUGUGCAGAUUGGUGCGUCGGGUUAAUGGUGUCUCAAUCAAAGAUGACACUUGGGGGACCAUUGAUGAGACUCUGGCUUGAUAAUGGGAUCAUUAUACCUCUGUUUCUGUCAUCACUUUUGACUCUGCGGGUAAAGGAACAAAGGGUUGGACUUAAAUGAAUGUUUUUAUUGGCUUCAUACAAUACUUGCAUGUCGAUGCAUUCACUGAAAAAGUUAUUAGUCUUUAAUCAAUUGGGAGAUCCUUUCCAACUGAAGAGAUGUUCACAAGAGCUGCUCUUAUGUGUGAAAAUUACAUUUCUCAGUUGAGCCAAUGUACAUUUGUUUUUUGAGGAGUUAAUAUUAUCCAGAUUUAAUGUCUUUCAGUGCUACAUUCUCUCACUGUUAUCUGACGAACCUUUGUUGCAAAAUUGUCUUUAGAGAAAGUAAGACAAAGAGGCAAUUUGGUGCUACAAGGAUGCUAAGUUGUGGAAAUUUCCACUUGAUUAGACUAAAUUAGUCUGUUGUAGCUCGUCAAUUUUGGCUUAAAAGUCUAAAUCCAUUAUCGCUCAGAUUAAGGAGUGUGAAAGUACAUUUUUAUAUAUCCCCUAGAUUCACUAUGAAGUUGUUUGAAAAGUGGCAUCUUUACAUAAUGUGUUACAUUGAAUUAUUUUUAAUGUCCUUGCAAGUAUUGUUAUGGAAUAAACCUGAAAAAUACUCUUCCUUAAGAAAACAAACAAACAAACAAUGAAAAUGGCACUUUGUUACCCUUUCGGUUUUUAUAUUCCUCUUUUUGUGUGCUGUAAAGGCCACAUCUAGUAAAAGAUUGGGACCAGAAGGUUAAAUGGUUAAGCUUUAACCGUUAAGGUAUCAAUCCUCCACGACCUCUUUUAAUUCAAAAUUAAAGGUAGGGUAAGACAUUUUUCUUCAACCCUGGUCCUGAGGGGCCAGUGUCCUGCAUGUUUUAGAUGUUCCCCUGCUUCAGCACAGCCUGAAACAAAGGAUGGUGUCAUUACCAGACCUUCAUGACAUGCUGAUGAUGACCAUUAAUUAGAAUCAGAUGUGUGAAAGCAGGGAAACAUCUAAAUCAUGCAGGACGGUGGGCCUGAGGACCCCUGGGGUAAGGGAUUGCUGGAUGACCACUAGCAUCAUUCAUGUGCAUGCUGGAGCAGUGUUUAACACUUGGGGAACGGCUACAGGCAAUGUUUCUUUCCAUUUUAUUGAUUUAUAAUUUAUGCAACCAGGACUGUUAAUGAAGACAAGGUUUUCCUUUAUAUUAUAUCACAUGCUGUGGAGUUAGCAGAUGGUUAGGAAACACUCACUGAGUGGCCCAAGGAGCAUUUAUUAGAGGUCCUGUAGAAUCACUUACCCUGCCUUUAUGUUGGAUUGUGCAGAUGGUUGUCACCUUUUGUAUUAAAUCAAUAGAACAAAGGUUCUGAUUGAACAUGAAUAUGAUUUCACACUUUAGUUCUACAAAAAGAUUGGUCAAUUCUAGUAAGAUAUGGGUACAUUCAGCCGUUCACAGGAAUCACAGCAUUUCUAAAACGUACACAUAUCAACUUUAAUUUUACAAAAGAGUGACUGAGAUUCCAGCGUCUUUUAAAAUCCUGAGAGAAGACUUCCUGAGAUGUUUUAUAUCCCUGUUUCCGUGUUAUGCAAAAAUCUUUAUCCACACUUCUCUUCUGUUUGAAAGUCUGGUUGUCGUCCAGGAUCCUGCGUGUAUUUCUUUUUUUCUGUCUUUGUGUUCCAAGACAACAGCUUUGUGGUAAAUAUUAGACUUCCAGCAGUCACUACACAUGUUCACUGUCCUGCCUGUGUAUUUACUUUUGAAUUAAAUGAAGAAAAUAGCCCAUCCUUAAA